UGAAGCACCAGAUUGCUUUUGGUUUUUUUUCCCUUAAGCUGGGGUAUAAAAUGAAUUCCAAUCUCAGCAGAGGAUUCAUCUUCCUCCUGGAGCAAUGACUGGGAUUGUGCUCUUCCAAAUCCUCCUGCUUGCGGGUCUCCUGAGUGCCAAGCGGUUCCCAUGCUUUCCCGAGUAUUGUCUGCAUGACCAGGACUACGAGGAGCUGCUGAAGAUCGUCCAGGAUGGGCUGGAGCCCACAGCUCACCCGGCGCACGUGGUCGUGGUGGGCGCGGGGAUUGGCGGGCUGACAGCAGCCAAGCUGCUCCAGGACGCUGGGCACACGGUUACCGUUCUGGAAAGGAGCGGCUGGGUCGGGGGGCGCAUCCGGACGUACCGCCCCAAGGGACAGGACUGGUAUGUGGAGCUGGGACCCAUGCGCCUGCCAGGCAAGCACAGGCUUGUCCGUGAAUUCAUCCGCCAGUUCAACCUGAAGCUGAAUCCCUUCAUCCAGAGGGACAACAACACCUGGUACUUCCUGAAGGGUGCUCGGGUCAGGGCUGAGGAGGUAAACAGGAACCCUGACAUCCUGAAUUACACAGUGAAGCCAUCAGAGAGGGGCAAGAGUGCCGUCCAACUGUACCAGGAGGUACUGAACAAGGCUUUAAAGAAGUUCCAGACCACUGAUUGCAGGAAGUAUCUGGCUCAACACGACUCCUUCUCCACCAAGGAAUAUUUGAUCAAGGUGGGGGGGCUGAGCCGAGGAGCUGUUGAGAUGAUCGGUGACUUGCUGAAUGAGGACUCAGGGUUUUACCUGUCCUUCCUCGCCUCACUGUGGGACUUCAGCAUCUUCUCUGAAGAGAGCUUUGAUGAAAUCACUGGAGGGUUUGACCAACUGCCCAGAGCCUUCCACAAGGCGCUGCCCAACGUCAUCCAGUUCAACUGCACUGUGGAGAAGAUCAUGACAAAGGGCAACAAAGUCCGAGUGUUCUACCGUGCUCUGGACACGCUGGCCCCGACCAUCAUCACUGCAGAUUAUGUCCUUGUCACCUCCAGUGCCAAAGCUACCAGGCACAUCCAGUUCCUGCCACCACUGUCCCCUGCCAAGGCCCAUGCCCUGCGCUCCAUCAACUAUGCAAGUUCCUCCAAAAUUAUCCUGGCAUGCUCCGAGAAGUUCUGGGAGAAGGACAGGAUCCACGGAGGGUACUCCAUCACUGACCGCCCCUCCCGCUUCAUCUACUACCCCAGCCACAACUUCUCCAGUGGGGUGGGCAUCAUCCUGGCUUCCUACACCUGGAACAAUGAUGCCGAGUUCUUCCUGCCCCUCACAGAAGAGAAGUGCCUGGAUGUGGUGCUCCAAGACCUGGCAGACAUCCACCAGGUGAGCAAGGAGUACCUGCAAUACACCUGUGACCAGCAUGUGAUCCAGAAGUGGCAGCUGGACCAACACUCCCUGGGGGCUUUUGCUGCCUUCACCCCGUACCAGUUUGUGGAUUACUCGCAGGCCCUGUUCGCUCACGAGGGCCGGGUCCACUUUGCCGGGGAACACACAGCCCAGCCCCACGCCUGGAUCGACACUGCCAUGAAAUCGGCCAUCAGGGCCAGCAGCAACAUCCACCAUGACAGUAAUGAAGCCCUGGCAACAGACAGGGAGUUGCUUGGGAGACUUGGGCACAGGGAAGAGCUCUGAGCGUGCCCUCAGCCAUCUUUUGGUGGUGUGAAUCUGGUUCUUUCCAAGAGAAAUUAGCAGAAUUCAUUGGCAGUGAAGGUGUCAAAGAAUUGCAUGUCUUGAAGCAGGACCAAAGUGGUUAAACAUGUCAUGGGGAGAAGAGGGAACGUUGAAAUAGUAAUAGUAAUCAGAAUUAUAAACACUUCAUGGGGGUAGGAGGGAGCACUAAAACCAGGCAGUGGGCUCCGGGACUCUCCUGUUUCCCUUGUCCACUGCCAUUCCCAGUUCAUUUGCACUCAAGGCACUUCAUGGAAUGACUAAGGUGAAAUAAAGGUGGGAAUUUCUGGUUUCCUUGUCUGAGGGCAGUGUCAUCACAUAUAAACAGCGUCACCAUGCUCCAGCCCUUUGGGAGCGUCACUCUCAGUUCCCCUACCCCAGAAUCUGAGAGAGAACCCAGUGCUUCCUCACCAUCCUCUCCUUUGACUGGUCCAACACAACUACUUAAUUAAUCAAUACUAAUUCCUGUUAAGUAAUUAACCAUU